GCUUCAACUCCUUCAGCUCCUUUCGUUAUCACGGCAUUGUGAUCGAUGGUCAAAGCCUGAAACGCACAGCACUAUUAUUCCACCAAUGCCUUGUCCUGGCCAGUAAUCAAGCGUCUCGGAUGAUCAUCCGAUUAAACUCUCAUGGCGCUCUUGACUGUAACUAUCUACCGAAAUCAUACCCCGCCCGAAGCCGCAGACGUUGGUGGGGUGCUAUGAUGAGCUGGAGGUCGUGGAAAGGCACGACUAUAAGAGCUGGAGUUUAAGAGUCACAUCUCCGAAGCAAAUCAUUUCCGAGGAACUAUAAAGAGCUUGACCCCUCCAUCUUCCAUCUAUUUGUGUAGUCUUGCAUUAAUAUACCAAAAAACACCAUCAACCGCCGCAAUGCCUCUCGUAACCCAGAACGUCAAGCCUCGUGUUAUCCUGGGUCUAAUGACCUUUGGACCCCCUGGCAGUGAACAGCUUGACGCGCGUAUCUUUGACCCUGAAACUUACAACAAGGCCCUUGAUAUCUUCCAAAGCAAGGGUUACAACGAAGUCGACACUGCCCGCAUCUAUGUUGGCGGCAAACAGGAGGGCUGGACUGGCACGCAGACCAACUGGAAAGAGAGAGGACUUACUGUGGACACAAAGGUCAAGUAUCCUACCCAACCUGGCGAGAACACAUACGACAAGGUCAUCGAGUCGGUUGAGACCAGUCUGAAGGAGCUGGGAACUGACUGCAUCGAUCUGCUCUACCUCCAUCGUCCUGACCGCGGCACUCCUUUCCAAGAAACCCUCGAGGCUAUCAACAAGCUACACAAAGAUGGAAAGUUCGUCAAGUUCGGUAUCAGCAACUUCACCGCGUACGAGGUCGCAGAAGUGGUCAUGAUCUGCAAGUACAACAACUGGGUCCGGCCCACGGUCUACCAGGGCAUGUACAACUGUCUCACCCGUUCUAUCGAGGCAGAGCUCUUUGUAGCCUGCAGGAGAUAUGGCCUCGACAUCGUUGUGUAUAACCCUAUCGCUGGUGGUCUCCUUUCUGGCAAGAUCAAGUCGAUGGACAUCAAGCCCGAGAGCGGCCGUUUCUCUGAUCAGAGCAAGAUUGGUACCGCAUAUCGCCAGCGGUACUUCAGAGAGAGCACAUUCAAGGCUCUGAAGGUUAUUGAGGAAGCUACUGAGAAGAAUGGACUGAGCAUGCUUGAGACAGCUCUGCGAUGGAUAAUCCACCACUCGGGACUAAAAGUCACAAACGGCAACGAUGGUAUUAUUAUUGGUAUGUCCAACGUUCAGCAGCUCGAGCAGAACCUUGAGCUCGUUGAAAAGGGACCUCUGCCGGACGAGGUGGUGAAGGCACUUGACCAGGCGUGGCUGUACUCCAAGGCAGAUACGGCCAACUACUGGCACGGGGAUUUGGAGUAUACAUAUAAUGUGCACGAGGCUCUGUUUGAAUGCGAACGGCACAUGACCGAAGGCGUCAUUUUCGCUAGUAACAAACUCAUCAACGGUAAUGAUUCGAAACAAUCACCUCAUGGUUCAACAAUCUUAGCCUGUUCUCCAGUGGAUUCCAGGUUCAACAAUGACGGCACCCUGCUGGAAACCCCCCCGCCCUGUGUCAUCCAACUCCCCGCGCUAAGUACCCCUUCCCUUCCCUCUCCCUUCAUGCCUCGGCGUGAUACCAGUGACCAAGAAGUCCGCCUUCUGCAAGGUCACAAUCGAUCGUCUACGGACUCGGAUUCUUCAACAUCAUCUAGCGACGACACCACAUGCGAACCAGGUCCAUCUUCGACUGCCAGACCAAACAUUGUUGGCGCCCGUGGCACCGCCGACCAUCCGAGCGACGCUUCCGAUCUUGACACGAAGCGCCACGAUCCCAAGAACACAAACAUCCACAGUGACAGCGAGUGGUUGGAAUUGGACAAUAUGGAUCCCAAUGACCUUCGCCGACCUCAUUACCAUCGUCAUGGCGAUGGUAAAUCUGGAACUCCUCUCCUUUACAAGGAAGAUGACCCAGAGCGUGGCCGCGCUGGUUACUCGCCUCCUAAUGGUGGAUCAAAGGGGUCAAGGGAGUCUAGCGAAGACGAUCUCCCAUAUCACCCCGGAGAAUCAAUGGGAGGACCAAGUCUCAGUCGGCGAUCCACGAUGCGCAGUCGAAGCCCUCAAACCGCCGCCGCUGUUGCCGAAGAUUCGACCAAGAAGAGGUACACGUACGCAGGAUUCUUCCUCAUCGUCAGCCUGAUCGCAUUCUGCGUUCAGACAGAACUGAGCGCAUACAUCCAACACGACCUUGGCUGGGACAAGGCUUACUGUAUGAUGUACUUUACCCACGGUUCUUGGAUUGUGUUAUGGCCAGUUCAGCUCCUUAUUCUGCGCUUCCAGAAGCGCGAUGUACCAUGGCCAGUAUUCUGGAAGCGACAUAAGCAACAAUUACGCACCACCGCCAUUAUGAUCGAAAAGCAGACCCUGGAUGUAUUUCAUAUAUCGAUUCAGCAUCGCGCGCGACCCGUUCUUUAUUUUGUUCGAUUCACUGCCAUCAUUACUUGCUCGCUGACCGUCGCUGGUUUGAGUUGGUACAUUGCCGUUAGUCUGACAACGCCAUCGGAUCUGACGGCCAUCUACAAUUGCUCUGCCUUCUUCGCAUACGUAUUUUCCGUUCCACUUCUUCGCGAGCCCCUUCGCCUCGACAAGUCGAUUGCUGUUCUAAUCGCUAUUGGCGGUGUCCUCGUCGUUGCUUAUGGUGACACCAAGGAGGGGGGCGAGAGUGUCGAGGCUGGAAACCGAUUCCUUGGCAAUCUCGUCAUUGGCGUGGGUUCAGUUCUGUAUGGUCUGUACGAGGUGUUGUACAAGCGCUAUGCUUGCCCACCCGAGGGCUGCUCACCUGGCAGGGGUAUGAUCUUUGCCAACACCUUCGGUUCUUUGAUUGGGCUUUUCACUCUCACGGUGCUCUGGCUUCCUCUCCCAAUUCUCGACUGGCUCAACAUUGAAAAGUUCGAGAUCCCAGCUGCUUCUACGUGCUGGCUCAUUCUCCUCGCGGUGCUUUCCAAUGCCACUUUCAGCGGCUCGUUCCUCGUUCUCAUCUCCCUGACUUCCCCUGUCCUGUCAUCGGUCGCUGCGCUGCUCACCAUCUUCAUUGUUGCCAUCGUGGACUGGAUGAUUACUGGUGAGCCUCUGAGCUUUGCCGCUAUUGCUGGAGGCGCCAUGAUCAUUGUCGCAUUCUUGGGCCUGACUUGGAGCACGUAUCGGGAGAUGAAGGAGCAUGCAGCGAUGGAGCCUGUCCCGGACUUUUCAGACAGCGACAAGGAUGGCGACAUCGAUAGUGACGAAGAUUAGAAUUUGUGUACUCAACAUGGCGUUUUGGGUUUUAGGGAACGGCCGGGGACUAGGUUCUGGCGGUGUAUCUAUUGUGUACAGACUUUACCGGCUGCUUUGUGCAUCAUUUAGAGGCGUUUGUGUCUGGAUUUAGGGUUCAUCUACAAGAAGCCUGGGAGGCUGAAGGUUCACCAAGAUCCUGGUACUUGGAUCAAUAUAGUCGUGGAUGAGUGAUAGAUUUCAUAUUCUACCAAGAUAAAGCAUGAUGUAGAUGAAUGAUGAUCAACAACAUCCGCGCCAGUAUGCUAUCUCUCGGAGCUCUUCCUGCGUAGCAUAAAAGGAGCCCAGGUUCUAUGGCUUUACUGGACUCGGGGAACUAUUUUAAAGAGUGC